UGCUCUUUAAUUAAAAAAAAUAUUUGAUUCCCCUCAAUCUUCUCGCAAAAAUGAAUUAUACCAAAUGCAAGGAUAGAAGAAAAAAAUUAUACGAAUCAAUUGAAGAACGACUGUUAUAAGAAUAAAGAAACAACAUGGCGUCCACAAGUAUUCCCUACCCCUCAGUAAGACCUCAGCCUGAUGGCUCCCAUGAGAUCAAGUUACCAGAGGGACCCUAUGGAGUACCAGACAUGAUGCUGAAUGGAAUACAGUCCAGCAGAUCUAAACUUGGGACAGUUCACCCUUUGGAAUAUUCAGAAAAACAUUGGCAGGAAAACAAAGUUAAAAUGGACUUUGCAAUGUUGAGAAAUACACAAGGAAUCCAUAUGCCACUAAGAUUACAGAUGGAAAGGAACGUAGCCCAAAAAGUAAACAGACUACCAGGGAUGCACAGUUCUCAUUUAAUGAGCGACAUUUUAUCUGGACGAGAUGAAAUUAUUGACUUUGAGGAUAUUCUUAACAAUCCAGCUGACUGUGAGGCAGUAGGGGACGUACAUCUACUGGUGGAGAGGAAAUCUGGGAUACUGUAGCUAGUGUUGAAGACCUUCAUCUGUAAAUUAUCUGACUUACCACAGGAGGCCUGGUGUGCUUUCUCUCUGAAAUGAACAGUUUAAGAGUUGUCAUUUUCAUCUACACAUUGUACACUUUGUGAUUUGUACUGUUCUUUAAAUAAAUCAAUGUCCUCUGA